CUCUUGGGCGCGCUUUUGGCGUGCGGUACUUACUUGCGCGCUCUGAAAGAAAAGUAUUUCAGUAUUUCUUGUUCAUCGAAUUCGGUGCAGUUGACGCAUUUCAUCCAACGAUAAGCGAAUGAUCAAAAUUAGCCGCCAUUGAACGUUAAAGGCUUAGUUGUUCUACGGACAUUAACACGAACACAUCCAAACCGCAAGUGGAAAGACGUCUUUUGAAUAAAACAAAAACCCCGGCCAGCACGUGAAUUGCACAAAAAAAAAAAAAGAAAUGUUGGACCGUCGAAAUCUUAUCGUACUUUUUGCGAUUUGUCUCUGCAUGGUGCUCUCCCCGAGACCCUCGCUAGCUGCACGCCCGCGUCCCAAUCAGUCGGUUAUGGCAGAGUUGAUCAAAUCAUAUGGUCCUUCAUAUGUGGUCGAACCCGUUGUUACCCAGAGCCGGCCAUCCCCGGAGGCUUACGCGUCGCUGCGUAACAUGUUCUUUCGAUAUGAGGAAUCCAAAGCCCUGGGCUCAGAUCUACAGUUGAACGAACGUGAACUGCAAGCUAACCAAAUCAUAAUGGCCACCAAAAUGCAGGAAUAUAACGAGGGUCUGAUAACGCCCCAUCUGUUCAAGCCAUCGCAGCAUUUUUUCAAGGUGCUCGAGAACAUCAAGGCCACCGAUCUCUUCCGCUAUAUGUCAGCAAUGCCCAAGGGGGCGGUUCUGCAUGCACAUGAUACGGCUAUAGGAAGUACAGAGUACCUCAUCAAGCUCACCUAUCGUGAUAACUUGUGGGUGUGCCAGAAUGUCGGGGGUCUUGAGGCGGAAUCGCUGGUAUUUUCCAAAAACCAGCCAGCUCAGUCUUCGGAUAGCGACUGCACAUGGAGUCUAAUGUCGGAUGUGCGUACGAAAUAUGGCGGCAAUGCAGUGGACGAAUAUCUGGCUGAGCGUCUUACCCUUUUCCCCACCACAAAAUUCGAUGAUAAUAAUGCAGCCUGGCAACAAUUUAUGACAAUUUUUUCUCUCGUCAAUGGACUAUUAUUCUAUGCGCCUGUAUGGGCUGAUUAUUAUUACAACGCCUUGGAAGAGUUCCUUGCUGAUAAUGUACAAUAUGUAGAGUUUAGAACAACGUUGCCGGUGCUGUAUGAUUUGGAGGACACACAAUACACCGAAGUGGAUACCGUGCGAAUUUAUGUAGAAACUCUGAAGAAGUUUAAGGACGCGCAUUCUGAUUUCAUAGGCUCUCGGAUGAUUUACGCUCCUUUGCGUAAUACCAAUGGAAGUGUUGUCUCAGACUAUAUUAAAACUCUGCUUACUAUAACGGAGUUGUACCCAGACUUUGUGGCUGGUUUCGAUCUGGUAGGCCAAGAGGAGCUGGGUCGGCCGCUCAAGGAGUUUAUCAGUGAGCUGCUGGCAGUGCCCGAAAGCAUUGAUUUCUACUUCCAUGCUGGUGAAACGAACUGGUACGGUUCCUCCGUCGAUGAGAAUCUUAUCGACGCCGUGCUGUUGGGCACCAAACGUAUUGGACAUGGCUUUGCGCUGGUCAAGCAUCCGUUUGUGCUGGAAAUGCUGAAGAAGCUCAACGUGGCUAUUGAGGUGAAUCCGAUUUCAAAUCAGGUGUUGCAGCUGGUCACCGAUUUCCGUAAUCAUCCGUGCUCACAUUUCUUUGCCGAUGGCUAUCCCGUUGUAAUCUCAUCCGAUGAUCCCUCCUUUUGGAAGGCAACGCCAUUGUCGCACGACUUCUAUAUAGCAUUCCUUGGCAUUGCAUCGGCACAUUCCGAUUUGCGGUUGCUAAAGAAACUGGCGCUCAAUUCCAUACGAUACAGUUCGCUCACUGUGGACCAGCAGUACGAUGCGCUGAGCAAGUGGCAACCAAAGUGGGAUGCCUUCAUUGAAUACGUCAUCACGGGAACACAGAGGUCGGCAGCGCCGAGUUUAAAGCUCGCUUGACUAGCACGGGUGGUGGUAGCGCUGCUGGUCACAAGAUGCCUGCUCCGCUAGUCUGAUGUCCAACCGGAACUAAUGCAACCAACGAAUUUGGUGCUCCAAUUUGCUGCGCGCCAAUCUACGAUAAUUAACUGAAUUAUGCUGAUGCAUCAUACACUCUCCGGCUCAGCUCUGCUCAGCUCAGUUCAGUUCAGCCAUCCAUCAGUUACGCACUUAGCGUCGUGUCAAUCAUAAUCGCAUCCAAUUCAUUUCAUUUCGUAUGCCACUCGUAAGAUAAUUGUUAUUGAUUAAUGUUUAGUUACAAUAUGAUGACGUUAACUUAAGCUCUGUAUCCUAAUAAUGAUGUAACCGAAAAUACAUAUUUGAACACAGAA